UUCCUAAGAAGUAAUACUAAAUUUUUAGGCCCCAUGAAUACAAAAUGGAACACGCUAUUUCAAAAAAAUUGCAACAUGAAUUGACGGUCCUGCAUGCAAUAAAUUUUGCGCUAAUCAUUAUACUUACACUUCUUAUGUUACUCCAUUUAUGCCAACUUUUAAACAUCAUCAGACCUUUUAAUCGUAAACGAGCUGCAGUGAAGCAGAGCUUAAAGGGUUCUCGUCAAAAUGCAAAAUUACAAAUAACAUUGCCUCCAGAAACUACGGAGAUAUCCAUGAUUCGCGAAAAGGAUGAAAUAGCUCUGUUAGUUCGUACAUCAGAUGGUUAUGAAUAUAUAUUUUCUGGUAUAAAACCAAUAACUGACUCAACUUGCGUUAUUGGAGCAGAACUUUCUAAUACUACACCUACUACGACUAACAGUACUUAUCCUAUUGGUGAUAAUGAUCAUGAGGACGCAGUUUCAAUCCAUGAGGAAAACUGUGACGAAUAUAGUAACGAUACGAUAGAAGAGGUUGAAGUUGAUUUCGCGGGAAACAAUGAAAACAUUGAUGACUAUCAAAUAGAGGAAUUGAGUGAUAUAUGUGAAUCUAGCCAUAUAUUUCUUGAACCUAUCCAUAGCUGUGGACAUGAACAGGACGCUUAGUGUUUCUAAUGCCAAUUAUGUGAAUUAUGUGGGGCCAUUUUGUUAAAUAAAUAUAUUAAGUAUAAAUAUUUUUUUCUUCAAAUUUUUUGACGAUUAAACACUGUUUGAAUUGAGAUUUUAACAAAAAAUAAAACGUUUAUUG